CCUCAGGUGAAAACGCGGAGGGGAAAAGGCGCUGUGGGGAGCAGUGCCGCCAUCCGACGCAGAGAUGCCGUCUGUGGAAGAGAAGGGGUCGGUGAUGCCACUGCCAGACUCUGUCAGGGACGAGAAGGCGACUGCGAUGACAGAGGAGACAAGUGCAUCGAUCCCGGAGGACCUCGCUGUGGUUGCCACAUCGCCCUUUGCUCCUCCAUCAGACCAUGUGCUGGGGACUGCAGAGGUGAGUAACAUGCGCAUGGAGUCCAUGUCGUCGUCCACUCGGACCAAUAGCGACCGGUCCAAGACGUUUCGAAGUCGGCUUCGGAUGAGAAUUGUCGACCACCCCGAGGGUUCGCGCAUCGGACGAGUGUACCACACCGUGUUUCUGUUCGUCGUCGUGUGCAACCUCGUCAGCCUCAUGCUAGAGACACUGGACGGCCCCAACCACGGCAGCUCGGAUCCCGUGUACCCCAUGCUUCCGUUCGCCAAGUCGUACGUGAUAUCCGACAUGUUCUUCACAGGCAUCUUCACCGUCGAUUUGAUGGUCAAGUGUGCAAUUGCCAAAUCCCAAAAGAAGUUUUGGACGUCCGUCGUGACCAUCAUGGACGUUCUGGCCGUGCUGCCGCUCUACAUCUUAGUCGCCAAGGCAGGAGGAACCCUCAAGUUGACCAACUCAGAGUCCCCACUUCCCAGCGACCAGUACAUCAAGUUGCUGCGACUCUUUCGCAUCAUUCGAGUCGUGAACAUGCUCAAGGUAUACCACAACACGACCAGUCACUUGAACAAGUCGGGCAUGCGCAUUCUGUACUUGACAGUCAAGGGAAGCCUCGCGCCGCUUACCAUCACGCUGUUUUUCCUCAUCACGUUCAUCAUGCUGUUUGCCACGAUUUUGUAUUACGCGCAACCGUGCUACAACGUCAGCACGUGUGUAUUUACCGACAUUUUCAACGCCGGGUAUUUCGCCAUGGUCACCGUCGCCACGGUGGGCUAUGGAGACCAAGUCGUCGACUUGAACAACGUCAUUGCAGUACUUGUCACAUGUGUCAUGAUGAUUUUUGGCGCGCUCUUCUUGGCCAUGCCGCUCGCAAUCAUCGGGAUCAAGUACGAAAUGCUCUGGACUAAACACGAAGCCGACCGCAAGUCGAUAAGUCGGGCCGAGAGCUUCCGCCUCACGGGCAAACCGCCGCCGCAGGUAUUGCAAAUCGAGUCGAUGCGACUGGCGCCCAUGGCGAAUGUGGUCAACAUGCAGUUCGUUGACCUGUGCGAAGUCACGUCGUACCUGUCCCGUGACUGCGCCACGUUUGUGUCGUUCAUGAAUGCCGACGCGUUGCUCCACGGCCCGGCCGACCGCAACCGCGACGACGCCACGUCACAGCUCAUCGAUACCCUCCUUCGCGCGAUCAAGGCCCACAAAGACAUGUCCAAGACAAUCAAGGCCCUCGUGCCUCGCGAACUGCUCCAACCCAACUCUAUAGCCAAGCUGCCCAAACUGUCAGAGUCGUCACCAUCUCGCCACGCCACGUUUAAACAGUCGAUCAUUUCACGCGCCAAGCGCGCGAUGAGCGGGGCGGCUCACCCCGACGACGCGGCGCAGCACACUCUAGACGCUACGAUCCCGUUCCGCCGCCGGCUGUUCCUUCUCCUCGAGCGACCGCACUCGUCUCGUCAAGCCAACUACUUGAACAAGUUCUUCCUCGUCACGGUCAUCAUGAGCAUGCUGCUCUUCUACGCCGAGACCACGCCCGAGCUCCAGGCGUACGGCAUGCACACGGAGUUGUGCCACCGCGCACUCGAGUCGUACUGUACGCAGUCGUCCCGAUCACAGGCGACGGAUCCCGGCUGCUUCGUGCACGUGAACCCUAACGUGUCGACGUCGAUGCUCCUGGACUUCCACUGCGACGACAGCGCGACCCCCGAUGCGUCCAACGUGUCCCCAUGUGUGGGCGUCGGAUGGAACUACGGGUCCAACGACACGGCCAUCGUGUGCGCGUCUAGCUUUGUGGACAAGGACAAGAUCUGCAAGCUGCGCCAGUGUCUGUCUGGCCACGUGCCAAUGUUCGACAUGUCCACCAAGUGGAUCUACUUGGAGUUGUACUUUGGAUUUGUGUUUACGGCCGAGUGGCUCCUGCGAUUUUACGCGGCGCGGCACCGCCUCGCGUUUGUCCGGAGCUUUGGCACGUGGAUCGACACGUUGGCCAUCAUGCCAUUUUAUGCCGAGCUCAUCACGGGCCUUGUGGGUGGCGUGACCCCGAUGUUUGCAAUCGUGCCGACGUUCCCCACGUUUCUGUCAGUGCUGCCCAUGACCAAGACGUUGCGCAUCUUUAAGCUAGCCAGGCACUUCAAGGCGACAAUGGUGCUGGCUCGUACAGCGGAAUUGACGUAUCAACGUCUGCUGAUUCCGCUGUUUUUUCUAUUUUUGGGGUGCGUGUCGGCGGGGGCAAUAUUCUACGAGAUCGAGCGGGGCACGCAAUGCCUGGCCAAGCAACCUUGCAAGUGGUGGAACUUGAACAUCAUGACCAGAGAGAUGGGGGACCCGUACCCGUACGGCAAGCGCAUUCAGGUCCAGGUCGACAAGAUCACAAUCGUCACCGACAUGUUACGGUCCUCGUGGAUGUCCAUCGUCACGUUCACGUCGGUCGGGUACGGAGACAUGCGCCCCCGCACCCCCGUGGGCAAAAUCGCCGACAUCAUGGCGAUGGUGCUCGGGUCAUUCUACACGGCUAUGCCGCUGUCGUUGAUCGGCGGCCAAUUCUACGCGUGUUACGAGCAGUUUCUCAAGGACUCGUCCCGCCGCCUCGUCGGGUCCAACGCCACCAACCUGACCAUCGACGACGUGAUUGCCAACAAGCAGCGGCAGCGGUCGGUCUUCGGGGUCGUGGACAUGCCCCUCCUAAACCAGUUUGUCGCCAUCAACCGCCUCCUCAAUGAAGUGAUUCUGAACGCGUGUCGGCUCAAUGCCAUGGCGUGCCAGUCGGCGAGGCUAGGCAACACAAGACCCCCCCUCCCCCCGCUUCUCGACUCGGUGCUUCAAAACGCUGAGAGGACUGUGCAGUCUCCGCGCCGGUUCAGCUCGUCGUCCCGCCCAAGCUCCCGGUCCGCUGCCAACGUUGUCGAUGCCGCCGCGGCCAUCCGUGCGAUGGAAAAGAAGGUCCAGACAGUCGAAGCCCUCGUGUGCAACAUCACCGAGGCGUGCGCACUGGCCCAGACGAUCAUCCUCAGCUUCUCCAUCAUCGUCGAGAAGAUCGUGCUCGAAGCCGACGACGUUCAGGGCGAGUCAGAAGCACCAUCGCCGCCCCGACGGGAUGGGCAGCGGGGCGAAGGCGUGUACAGUGCCGCGAUAACAUCCACGGUGCCCCCCCAGCCCAAUUACAGUCCGGAAGACAUAUCAAUCGUCGAUGGCCCCACUUAACACAAUUUAUACAUCGAAAUGUGUAUAUUGUAGACGCACCCCCAUACACAUUGCAGACUGUAAACCAAUUGGAACCACAGUGCACAAUGUAAC